UCAAGCGGCUAUAUUAAUAUGAUUGUACUUUUUUUGGUUUCAAACUUUUAGUCUUUGUUGAGCAUCCGUGGCUCCCUAUUUUCUCCAAGGCGAAAUAGCAGAACAAGCCUUUUCAGCUUUAGAGGGCGAGCAAAGGAUGUGGGAUCGGAGAAUGACUUUGCUGAUGAUGAGCACAGCACCUUUGAGGAUAACGAGAGCCGGAGAGACUCCUUGUUUGUGCCCCGACGACAUGGAGAGCGGCGCAACAGUAACCUGAGUCAGACCAGUAGGUCUUCCCGGAUUCUGGCAGUGUUUCCAGCGAAUGGGAAGAUGCACAGCACUGUGGAUUGCAAUGGUGUGGUUUCCUUGGUUGGUGGACCUUCAGUUCCUACAUCGCCUGUUGGACAGCUUCUGCCAGAGGUGAUAAUAGAUAAGCCAGCUACUGAUGACAAUGGAACAACCACUGAAACGGAGAUGAGGAAGAGAAGGUCAAGUUCUUUCCAUGUUUCCAUGGACUUUCUAGAAGAUCCUUCCCAAAGGCAAAGAGCAAUGAGUAUAGCCAGCAUUUUAACAAAUACAGUAGAAGAACUUGAAGAAUCCAGACAGAAAUGCCCACCCUGUUGGUAUAAAUUUUCCAACAUAUUCUUAAUCUGGGACUGUUCACCAUAUUGGUUAAAAGUGAAACAUAUUGUCAACCUGGUUGUGAUGGACCCAUUUGUUGACCUGGCCAUCACCAUCUGUAUUGUCUUAAAUACUCUUUUCAUGGCCAUGGAGCACUAUCCAAUGACAGAACAUUUCAAUAAUGUGCUUGCUGUAGGAAACUUGGUUUUCACUGGGAUCUUUACAGCAGAAAUGUUUCUGAAAAUUAUUGCCAUGGAUCCUUACUAUUAUUUCCAAGAAGGCUGGAAUAUCUUUGAUGGUUUUAUUGUGACACUUAGCCUGGUAGAACUUGGCCUCGCCAAUGUGGAAGGAUUAUCAGUUCUCCGUUCAUUCCGACUGCUUCGAGUUUUCAAGCUGGCAAAAUCUUGGCCAACAUUAAAUAUGCUAAUAAAGAUCAUCGGCAAUUCAGUGGGGGCUCUGGGCAACCUCACCUUGGUGUUGGCCAUCAUUGUCUUCAUUUUUGCUGUGGUCGGCAUGCAGCUAUUUGGUAAAAGCUACAAAGAUUGUGUCUGUAAGAUCUCCACCAGCUGUGAGCUCCCACGCUGGCACAUGAAUGACUUCUUCCACUCCUUCCUGAUUGUGUUCCGCGUGCUGUGUGGAGAGUGGAUAGAAACCAUGUGG